UUCCUCCUCCGCGGCCACGCUUGCCGCCGCCGCGGCUCCCUCCUCCGCUGCCGUGGCGGUUCUACCGGAGGCGGCGCGGCGAGUCUCCGCGGCUUCCCUCCUCGAGGAGUUAAACGCCUUCCCGGAGAUGUCCCUAGUGGUCCGGUGGCUCGGCGCCGCUCGCCGCCCGGGAGCGGAGGUCGUCUCCAAAAUUGCGGGGCGCCGCCACCACCUCACCACCACCGCCGCCGCCGCGGCUCCCUCCUCCGCUGCCGUGGCGGUUCUACCGGAGGCGGCGCGGCGAGUCUCCGCGGCUUCCCUCCUCGAGGAGUUAAACGCCUUCCCGGAGAUGUCCCUAGUGGUCCGGUGGCUCGGCGCCGCUCGCCGCCCGGGAGCGGAGGUCGUCUCCAAAAUUGCGGGGCGCCGCCACCACCUCACCACCACCGCCGCCGCCGACUCGAACCUUCCAAGUCAAGCGCCCGGACGACUCGUCAAUCGGGGGGGUGCUCAAGUGAUCGGCGCGGGCGACUUCUUCGGCUGGGAGAGCAAUGAUUGCGGCUGCCUCGCCGACCUCGCGCCGUUCCCUCACCGCGGCGCGCCGUUCCCUCGCCGCCGCUGCGGUGCUGCAUCGCCUUCUCUUCCCUGGUGGUUCGCGGCAGAGCAGGUGCGCUUCGGCGUGGGCGACCCCUUCGAGAGCGAUGAUGGCGGCAUACUCCCCGAUCUCGCGGCAUUUCUUCGUCGCCGCCGCCGCUGCGCCCACAGCAGAAGAAUCUUCGAAUUCGAGAGCACCCACCACGGCUUUGGCAAGAGCAACAAUGGCAUGAGCGGCGGUUUUCGUUUUAUGUUGGAUGACACCGACAAGAGGUUUCGCCAUGUCCGAGCUCGGAGAAAUCGGUGGCAACAGCUGGUGAUAAGGAAGAUGUUCUCAAGUUCAGGGAAGCGCAGCUCGUCGACUUCAAGGCAACAGACGCCUUCGCCGACCUCUUUACCAGCGGCCAUCCCCAGCCAACCAGCAGCGGCGAUUUCUUCCUCUUCAUCUGAGACUAAUUCAUCCAGUGAGCAGGAAAAAGGGGCUUCCUCGUCAGCAUGCUACAUUGAUGAAUCAUUCGGUAAUCAGGAGAUAAUUGACGCUGAGACUUAUGUCAAGGCAAAUCCUAUGCUUGUUAAGGCGAAUGUACUGGGCUCAGCGAAGACAUUCUGGAGAAUGUCGGAUAUAGCAGUGAGACUCAUUCGGCGACUUGCGAGGAUUCUGAAAAUUCUGCACGAACAGAAGCGUUAUCUCCUGGCCCCGCUCUCAGUGCAAAAUCUAGUAAUUGUCUCGGGUGAACUUAAGCUCAGGAAUGUCACCCUUGCAGAUGAUGAUUUCAGUUUUGAUCGGAUUAAAUGUGAUUAUCAGUAUAUGUCCGUUGUGCUGGAAGAGUUGAUCAUGUUAUCUGUCGGACAAAAUGGAUUGUCCAAUAUCCCUCCUGAUUUUGGCAAAUACUUGGGUUUGCUUAAAGGACUAGUCAAACCUGAUGACGAAUUUCUGAUAACCAACCAUGCUUCGUUAUUGCCCAUGGCAAACAGGACGGAUGCAUUUAUGAUGAUGUACAAUCAUAUUAUGGGCUAUCUUGGCCGCAAAGAUCCUAAAAAGAAGAUAUACAUUCUAUCACACCUGAAGUAUGACACAGACUGGCUUCGCACAGCGUCAGGAAACAGUGAGAUAGGGAAAUGGCUUUGGCGCCGGAGAUACGGCCAGACUGUUAAGGAGUUUCUGCACUUAAAUCGGAAUAUCAGGUCCCAUCCAUAUGAACAUUCCGAGGAAAAGAUCGAAGAAGCUCUAUACGGUGAAUGGCCGGAACUGCUAGUUGAAAUGCAAGAAAAACUGCACAAAGAGGGUGAAUUACAAAACACUGAGAUGGAGUCGAAAUUUGGGCAGCAGUGAUUUUCUGCAUUGAGUCUGCAUCAUGGAGAAACAUAUGUUCUAUUGGCGCUGAAAAUGAAGACAUAUAACAUCUGUGACAUGUAAACAAAUCUUUCAUACAUGCAGACAUUGAUCUUGCAACAUAGUGCACAUUAAUAUCAUAAAAGUGCCUCAGUGUUUUUUUUUU